AUGAUUCAAAAUGCAGUGUUCUGGCUCAAUGCUUUCCCAGCAUUGGAUGGGGUUUCUGACAUGCUUUUGCCUAAAUACAUUGUAACCGGAAGAAAUAUAAACAUGAAACUCCAUGUCCGCACCAAAUUUGGCGCAUACGUCCAAACUCAUGAGGAACAUUCCAAUGAUAUGCAUGUACGCACGCUGGGCGCCAUAUGCCUUGGGCCCACUGGUGCAGCACAAGGCUCACACUAUUUCAUGAGCGUUGCAACCGGCAAGCGCAUCACAAGGCAACACUGGACACCACUACCCAUGCCUACUGAUGCCAUUGAGGCUGUCAGCAACCGUGGACUACAACAGGGCAUGCCCACAACACUGACAUUUGCAGACCGGCACGGAAUGGAGCGUUUCAACAACAAUGACGACGUGGACGACGACCACGACUCCUUGUACAGCUCUUCCAAUGCAUCCACCACCCACACUCACACAGAUGACGAUGACAUUAGCUAUGACAGUGAUGCUAGCAAUGUCACCCUGCCACCUCCACAAAUACCUGUGGACGAUGAUGCCAGCGCCUACAGCGGCAACAAUUCCGUAGAUGACGCCGAUGAAAAUGAUAGUACUCACAGCAAUGAUUCUGACAAUGAUGAUCCAGAUAACGACCAGCCUCCCGACAACGCCGGGGUCCUGCCCGCAGGAGUGAAUGAACAUCAGCUGCAACAACACCAACCACAGUUCCCUGAUGAAAACACAGGAGUGAAUGCCAGAAACACAGGAGUGGACGCCAGAAAUACAGGAGUGGGCAGGGGAAACACAGGAGUGGACGCCAGGACAGUCUUGAACAAACCACUGGUAGAUCGUUAG